CCACAAUGACCAAGCAGUCAGUCUUUGAGCACAACUGUUGUGGCAACAGCGGCGGUGGCAGCAGUGGUGCUGACAUUGGGACAGUGGUGUCAGGAUAGUGGUGGCAGCAAGAGCUGUGAGACUGGCAAAGGGCAAGGCACCAUGGUCCUUGUUCUGCACCUCUGCCUCCUGCUCCUCCUGGCCGUGGCCCUGCCUGCCAGGGCUGCCCAGGCUUCUCCACCGCAAGCGCCAGGAGCAGAUUUGGAUCGCAACUUGAAUUAUUUGCAAGUGCUGGUGAAUGACACUUUAAAGAUCAUGGAGAAUGCUGGAGCUGAACCUGUUGGUGAAGGUGGUGCCGCUUCCCAACCCAUACGUAUUACUGAGCCUCUGGGAGAUGGUGUGUCUGCAGGGAGAACUUUUCAGGCUCCUUUGCUAGUUAAUGCACGCAAGCCCAGCUCCCAUCACAGGGAGAUGGAAGGAGAGGCUGUGCUAACGGCUGAAUUUCCCAGAGGAAGCAGUGGCUCAUUGGCAGCCUCUGCUGCAGGAAGGGAGGCGAUGCCAGGCACUGUCACAGGAGAUGAGGUUUAUGGGAAGGCAUCUCCAUUAGCUUGGCUGAAUAAAGUUCUGAAGCCCUUGGAGCCUCCUGCAGAUGUGUCUGCAGGGCGGAUUUUUCCUGUUCCUUUGCUGAUUGCUCCACACAAGCCCGGUUCCCAUCACAGGGGUCCUCCGAGAGGGAAGAACAUAGGCACAGGAAAGAAGAAAUUCCGUGAGCCAAACAACAGCCUGAAACAAAUCGUGAUGGAGCUGCACAAAGGGCAUGGGAUAGACAGAGAGGCUCUAUGGAAGGCAGCAUUUCCUAAAGGAAGGGAGGCGAUGCCAGGCACAGUCACAGGAGUUUGGCAUCACGAGUUGGAAAUGCUGGUGAAUGGUGGUUUGAAGACCUUACCAGAGGCUGGAGCUGAACCUGUUGGAAAAAGUGAUCUGGCUUCCCAACCCACUUUCAGGAUUGAGCCUCUGGGAGAUGGUGAGGUGACAGACCGAAAGGCAGGACAGAAGGAGGUUUUUCCCAAAAAAAGCAGUGGCCCGUUGGCAGCCCCUGCUGCAGAAAGGAAGGCGAUGACAUGCACGGGCACAGGUACAGGAGAUGCAGCCAGCCCCACAACACGUGUCCCUGAUGCCCAGAAGGGAAUUGGUUUCUGUCAGGGAACACGCUGCUGGCUAGAGUUAAUGGCAGGCCUGGCUUUUCUAUGGCAUGUGGGUGAUGGGGGGACUCCUGUAAGGCUGGCAGACGACCAGGCUCCGUCAUGAGGCACAUGAGGUGGCGGGGGGGUGUGGAGUGCCUCUGCAGCUUCACAAGACCAGCCAAACACUUCAGUCUGGGAGAACUGGACCUGUCAUCUUGCAUCUCCAUGUCAGUGUCCAUUGUCCCUGCCGUGGCUGCAUUACCAGCUUAUUGCUGGAAAUUUGCUGCAACUACCACCCAGAACAGGACCCUCUCUCCCAGAAGAGAAUGACCCUACUCUCCAGCCAGGGCAAGAGGUGGAGCCCUCCAGACAGGGAAUGGCUUGUUAGAAAAGUUAUACUGACUUCUAAAAAUUUAGGAGGUUUAUCAAAAAUGUAUUAAAAAUACAACAGGAGACUGCAUAGGGAAAAUAUUACAGUGCCCGGAGUAGAGGAUUUUUCCCACCAUGUGCUCAUCCACACAAUGGAGGUUUUGCCUUUUAACUCUUUUGCCCUUCUUAAAGUUCUGUCCAUCAACUCCUUUUGUGCUGUCCACUAGUGGAGUUUGCUUCCUUACAUCUCGAUUGGAGGUCAGGUGCUGCUGUAGUAACAAGGCGACCCUCUUAAAUGUCCUGAACUCAGGUCACUCCAUGAUAACAACACAAAGGGGGGUAAAACAUAACUCAAAGUCUGUAAAGCUUCUCUUAACAUAUAUACUUGAUAUUUGUCUUUUAAUUGUGAGUCAGUUAUCACAUUACUCAUCUAUCACAGGCUUGAUUCCAGCAACAUAUUUGGGCUUCAGCUCAUCUGUCUGUGUGCUACCUCCAGCACUGGCGGAGCUGUUUGUCUGGGCACAGCCAGGGGUGGGCAGGCAGCAGCCAGGCAUGGGGCUCAUGAGGCCAGCAGCAACCUCAUGUUAUCUCUGUUUUUCAUUUUGAAACAUUUGGAUAAGUUUUUCAUUUGUAGCAUUUAGAAAAGUUUUUCAUAGAAUACAGAUCCCAGAUGUUUGUUCCACUUUACUCCACGAGUUCCAUGCCUGUCAAAGUAGUUUUACAG